GGUUUACGUGGAUUAAACUCUUCCACGUCAGCGUUGAUUGUAAAUUACAGAUACACCCUGAGAUACAUCUCUAGUGGAUAUUGUUCUUGUCUCGUUACUACUUUCUUCUCCAACCGAUAAACUCAGAACAGAGGAAUCAAGAGAUUAAGGAUCCGCAGUGGCGAUGGCUAACGUGUUCCAUGCGCACCAGUCUCGCUUAUUCUUCCCCCUCCAUCCUCCAAUCUCCAGCGUACGUUCAAAGACGCAGGGUUUCCACUUCCCGCAAUCAACGGCUCCGGGUAGCCUCCGUACGAACCUAUCCGUGCGCCAGAGGAGCGUAAAGUGUAUGGCGAACCCGAGGCGGGUAAAGAUGGUGGCUAAGCAGAUAAUGAGGGAGCUCUCCGACAUGCUUCUCACAGACACUGUAUUGCAACACGCCGUGUUGCCUGAAGCAGCUCUUGGAGCCGACCGAUACCUCUCUUCUCUCACCACCAUCAGCGAUGUCGAGGUCUCCAACGAUUUGCAGAUUGUGAAGGUAUAUGUAUCAGUGUUUGGAGAUGAUAGAGGGAAAGACGUCGCGAUUGCAGGGUUGAAAUCGAAAGCUAAGUACGUUAGGAGUGAGCUCGGGAAGCGAAUGAAGUUGAGACUGACGCCUGAGGUCAGAUUCAUUGAGGAUGAAUCCAUGGAAAGAGGAAGCAGAGUAAUAGCGAUACUAGACAAAAUUAAAGCUGAGAAAGGAAGCGAAGGAGGGCCAGAAACAUCUGAUUCACCAGAGGAUGAUCAAGAAUGGGGCGUGGAUGACCCCGACGAAGACAUCAUCUAUGUAAAGUAAAUGGUCUCAAACAGUUUUUAGUACGCAUAUUACUUGAAGAUUUCCCCUGGUAAUCCUUUUUCAUGUUUUCUGUGAAGCUUAGACAAGACUAUAAGGAAGAUGUUGAUGGCCUCGAAUUGAGAACUAGAGAAGAUGAACACCGAUAUAUACAGCUCACGUGACUCAUGCCUGAAGCAUAGAUCCUGAGAGCUUAUAUGGUCCUUGGAAUCAAUAUCUCUCCAGUGAAAUGUUUUUUUUUUUGUUUUUGUAUUUUUGUAUUGGCUCUGCUAGUAGAAGAAGAACCGAUUUGAAAUUCAUUUCCUUCCAAAGUACAAAUUGAAAUGCCAAAACUGAACCGGAUUGGACAACUGUUUAGCUUUGA